AUGAAUUCAACACUUGAAAAUCUUCCAUCUAAAGUUCUCACAAAAAUAAUUUCGAACCUUCAAUUGAUUGAUAUAUUAAGUCUCAUGACUACAUCCGAGAUCCUGUAUAAUAUUUGCAAUUCAAAUGAUGUUUGGAAAAGCAUUUUCAAUCGAUUCUUUAAAUCAUUCUGUUCUACCGAAGACAAUACGAUGAGCAACAACAAUUUGAGAGAAUUGUGCCUUAAAAUCAUGAUUGAGAAUGAAGAUCAAGACGAAUUUCGAGAAUUUAUAAUGGGAUAUGGACGUUAUGAAGAACCUCAAUUAAGGCUGUCAAAAGCUCGUACAAAUCUUUUUCAAUGCAUUGAAUUCCACGACAUUGAAAGCGAUGACGACUCGUCAACUGAAUCUCUCUCAUCGAUUAUUAUGCAAGACUUAAUUGAUAUAAAGGAAAUCCACAAUUCUGUUUCAAGCUCAUCUAACGAAUCUCUUCAAAAUUUUCAAUUGAAUAAUUCAUCGACAACAAAUUUACUUCUUUCGCCGACAUCUUCAUCCACAUCAUUUAAUGAAAAUGUCAAAUGUCAUGAAGAUGCUUUGUCAUCAACAGAUUAUGCUCAGUCUUAUGUCAAUAAGGAUGAGGAUGAAAAUGAUUUGGGAUUUACAAGAAGUGAGUUAAUCCGAAGGCUUCAAAACUUAGUCAAGAUUGCACACAAAAAUUUUAAUGGUGACGUCAAAUCUUUAGUACCUGCAACUAAAAAUGGAAAAUUUGCGUUGCGUUAUUCUGAUGAAUAAUGAAGACAUUCACGGCAUCUUUGCAAAAAUUUAC